AUGCACCGCUCGCUCGCUAGCACGGCGGCCAGCCUCGCCGGCCUGGCCGCCGCCUUCUCGCCGCAGGAAAUUCUCCUCGCCGUCAACGACGACAUGCAGUACAACGUUGCCCAGUGGGAGCGCUUUGUGAUCGAAAACCAAGACGACAAGCUCGUGCAGAUGUUCCUUGCGUACGAGGACAGAAAUGUGCUGAAGGCCAGCCAGCUCAGCUCCGCGUACGCCGCAUACUCGUACGUGUUCACCAAGGUGCCCUUCGCGGGCCGUCUCUUGCAGGAGGCCGCGUUCAUCCACACCAACACCAACUCGAACGCCAAGGUCCAGGACCCGAGCGCUUACAUAAGCAUCAUCACGCAGGACCACGCGACGCAGGAGCUCGUGUACACGGACGGCGUGACGCCGGACGCGACGUUUGUGACGGCCGCCGCGACCGGCAGCGGCUACGACGCGGAGUCUGUUGCGUCGGACGUCUGGAAGGCCUACAGCACGUACUACACGGGGUAUUCAGACUUCAGCGGAUUCUAUGCGGCGAUGAGCAAGAGUUUCACGGCUGCGUCGUCGACAGCGGUCCAGCGUUGUUUCGCUUCCCUUGGCCAUUAUACCUAUAUUGAUGCCGAGCAGCACCAGUAUCACCAGCGCGAGGUAGGCGUCUGUGACGCCGGAGCUGACGACUUCUGUCUUCUCGGCCCUGUACCUGUGCACGGAGCGCAGGUAGUUGAAGACGGCGAGGAUGAGGGUGGUGAGGCUGAGACCGGCGAAUGCGAGGCCCAUGUUGCGGCCGAACAAGUCGUCUGUGCGGAAGCACACCGCCAUCGCGGACACCGACAGCACGGUGCAGAAUUUGAUCCAGCUGAGCGUCGUGCGCUCGGCCAUGGCGAUGUCGCGGAUUUCGGACGUGCGGUUCUUGACAUGUAA